ACUUUGCCUAUCUCUACCUCGCACGAGCCUAGUGUAAAGAGUUGCAGGCCAAAGGUUAUGUGCGGCUUGUGGUUCAGACUUCCCUUCACCUAAAACUGGCCACUCGGAUUUGACGCUUUUGUCAAACACCGUCACUUGAUCAACAGUCACCUCGACGCCCAGCUUCUAUGACCCCGCAUAAGGUAGGCUGACUUGCGACAAGACCCCCCGGUGGCUAGUCGAACCUAGUGGUCACUCGUUCGUGUGUCAGGUCACGGUUGACCACAUACCCUUACUUUGCAUUCAUUUUCCCUCGCGUAUCUUUUUCCUCUUUUCUUCCUUUUGCUUCAACUACUUAUACCGUGCUCCGUCUCCUCCAUAUUGUUGAAAAUCCGCCCGCUUGAAGUUCACCUCCAUCCCAUCCCUCCUCGAGCCUGGCGGCUGUGCAUAUUAGUGCCCAUGCGUAUCACCAUCUCGUAAGAACAAGAAAAGCCAAGCCAUGUCCGUCGCUAUCACCACAUCGUCGGCCUCAACCCUCCUCCAUGAAGAGCCAAUUGCCUCACCCAAUGCCUGCGGCGUGGGCCUGGACCUCGACCAGGCCUCCGUGAGCUGCGUCCUCAAGCAGGAAGCCAUCUCUGUCACCCUCAACGGCCCCGCCAUCUUCACCUUGUCCAUGACUCUGGCCCUCAUCAUCCACUUCUUCGAACCCAGGAUCGCCGAGACCCUCCUCGUCAUCGUUCCCAUCCUGCUCCUCGUACGGAACGACUACCACAACUUCCUCGGCCUCGGACCGGGCGGCACGCCGGCUACCUUCCAGGGCUACGUCCGGAUAGCCUGGCUGCGGCUCUGGGCCCUCCGAGACCCCUUCACGGCGCCCGAGGCGAAGCCAAACAUCCUCCCGAAGCGAGGCAUCCUCCGCCAGGAAGGUGACCUCACCCGCCUCCCAUACCGCCCCGGUCCCCGACCCCAGGUUGCCGGCAUCGCGCCGCAGAGGCAGCUGGAUCAGCACGGCACAGAACCGCACUACCACGCCCUCCGCAAGACGCUGCAGAAGCUCGCGUCCGCGAACCCGGCACGCUUCGGUACCGCGCGGUCCUGUCUCGAGAAGCACGGCCUGGGGCUCUUUGCGCGGCACCCCGUCAACGUCACGUGCAACGGCGAGGUCUGCCACGUCCACGACUCGGACCACAGCUUGCACAUGAACCUCCACCCCGAAGACAUUCGAGAGGUGCUGGCCAAGGGCUGGGGCCAGCGGCAUCCGUUGGCGUGGAAGGGGAAGUUGGUGAGGAUGCCCGUGCCGGAAGAGUUCGUCAUGGUAUAUGCUCCGCGAGAUGACCACGAGCUGAGGAUCGUGUGCAAGAUCAUUGAGGCGGCUAUAUGGUACGUCGUUUCCGAGAGAACAGACAUCCAAGUCGAGAGGGCCGCUUGAGAAUCUUUUCCUCUAUCACGAGAGAAAGACUCGAGCGGGUUUUACCCUACUCGCCGUUGAAAGUGCUUAUGAAAGAGACACACACACACACACGCACGCACGCAAACAGGCAAUCAAAAUUCAGGGGUUGGUCUUAUGAUUGGCACGAAAUUGAAAUUUGGCCUGGAGUUGGAGGAGUCUUGAUAGAUCAGAAACAAGUAGAUGAACCAAAAAAAAUACUGGACUCA